UGGGGAUAUCUCACGGCCGUAUUUCUUACAUCAAUCUCAUGUAUGGUUCUCUGGGAUUUUCUAUUUGUCCACAACUACAAGGUUCUGUUUCUCAAUUCGAAUUUUCCGGUAUGGGCCCUGGCAUUUAUCUCCGAAUUUACUGUUGUUUUCCUCAAAUUUUGCCAAUAUCCAGUCUCCCUCCUUUCAAUCUAUACUAUUUGUUAUAAUAUAUUGUUGUCUCAUUUUUUCCAUAUUCAAAUUAAGUUUGGCCUCAUGCACUUCGUCGAUCCUCUCCUUUAUUCUCGCACAUAA